AUGGCUAGUUUAGAAGAUCUAAUCCCUACUGUCAACAAGUUGCAGGAUGUUAUGUACGACUCCGGGAUCGACACACUCGAUUUGCCCAUUCUGGCUGUCGUCGGGUCACAAUCCUCUGGGAAAUCCUCCAUCUUGGAGACUUUGGUCGGUAGAGAUUUUUUACCUAGGGGUACCGGUAUUGUCACCAGACGGCCAUUAGUUCUCCAAUUAAACAACAUACCUCCAAACUCUCCUCUAAUAGAGGAAGAUGAUAAUUCGGUUAACCCUCAUGAUGAAGUUACAAAAGUAUCAGGGUUUGAGGCUGGUACGAAACCUUUGGAGUACACGGGUAAGGAAAGGAACCAUGCAGAUGAGUGGGGAGAAUUCCUACAUAUACCGGGGAAGCGGUUUUAUGAUUUUGAUGAUAUUAAGAGAGAAAUCGAAAACGAAACUGCAAGAAUAGCCGGUAAAGACAAAGGUAUCAGUAAGAUUCCCAUCAAUUUGAAAGUCUUUUCUCCCCAUGUGUUGAAUUUAACACUGGUAGAUUUACCGGGGAUUACAAAAGUUCCUAUUGGAGAACAACCACCUGAUAUUGAAAAACAGAUCAAGAAUUUAAUUCUGGACUAUAUAGCCACUCCGAACUGUUUAAUCUUGGCCGUCUCUCCAGCUAACGUUGAUCUUGUUAAUUCCGAAUCUUUGAAGUUAGCUAGAGAGGUAGACCCACAGGGGAAAAGGACCAUUGGUGUCAUCACCAAGCUAGAUUUAAUGGAUUCUGGCACUAAUGCUCUAGAUAUCUUGUCUGGAAAAAUGUACCCUUUAAAAUUGGGGUUUGUUGGUGUAGUUAAUCGGUCGCAACAGGAUAUUCAAUUAAAUAAGACAGUCGAAGAAUCUCUGGACAAGGAAGAAGACUACUUUAGGAAGCAUCCAGUUUACAGAACCAUCUCAACUAAAUGUGGUACGCGUUACUUGGCCAAAUUACUGAACCAAACAUUGCUAAGUCACAUUAGAGAUAAACUUCCAGAUAUUAAAACCAAGUUAAAUACCUUGAUCUCUCAAACUGAACAGGAGCUUGCUAGAUACGGUGGCAUAGGAGCUACCACCAAUGAAAACAGGGCUAGCCUUGUUUUGCAAUUAAUGAAUAAGUUUUCUACAAACUUUAUUUCAUCUAUAGAUGGUACAUCUUCUGAUAUCAAUACUAAGGAACUAUGUGGAGGUGCCCGUAUAUAUUACAUUUACAAUAAUGUCUUUGGAAAUUCUUUAAAGUCAAUUAAUCCAACUUCUAACUUGUCCGUCCUUGAUAUUAGAACAGCGAUAAGAAAUUCCACAGGUCCUCGUCCUACGUUAUUUGUUCCAGAGUUGGCAUUUGAUCUUUUGGUUAAGCCCCAGAUUAAGCUUUUAUCAGAACCAUCACAACGUUGCGUGGAACUAGUUUAUGAGGAAUUAAUGAAGAUAUGCCAUAAAUGCGGUUCUUCUGAAUUGGCCAGAUAUCCCAAAUUAAAGGGUAUGCUUAUAGAAGUAAUUAGUGAGCUACUUAGAGAAAGACUGCAGCCUACUCGUUCUUACGUGGAAAGUUUAAUUGAUAUACAUCGAGCAUAUAUUAAUACUAAUCAUCCUAAUUUCUUAAGUGCCACGGAGGCAAUGGAUGAUAUUAUGAAAACACGUAGAAAGCGGAACCGGGAAUUGUUAUCAAAGAGCAAAUUAUCUCAACAAGAAAAUGGCCAAACCAGCAACACUAAUGGCACUCCAUCCAUCUCCUCAAAUGCAGACCAAGAUUCUGUUAGGAAUAGUGACUACGAUGAUGAAGGUAUUGAUGCCGAAUCAAAGCAGACAAAGGAUAAAUUUUUGAAUUACUUUUUUGGUAAGGACAAAAAGGGCCAACCAGUGUUUGAUGCAUCAGGUAAAAAGAGAAAUAUUGUGGGUGAAGGAAAUGUUGAAGAUUUUAGAAGCUUACAGAUAUCAGAUUUUUCAUUAGGAGAUAUGGACGACCUUGGAAACGCUGAACCGCCACUAACCGAGAGAGAAGAGUUAGAGUGUGAAUUAAUCAAACGAUUAAUUGUUUCAUACUUUGACAUCAUAAGAGAAAUGAUUGAAGAUCAAGUGCCAAAAGCAGUUAUGUGCUUACUCGUAAAUUUCUGUAAGGAUUCCGUUCAAAAUAGGCUAGUGACUAAGCUUUACAAAGAAUCCCUAUUUGAAGAGCUAUUAGUUGAGGACCAGACUUUGGCUCAAGAUAGGGAACUAUGUGUGAAAUCGCUUGGGGUUUAUAAGAAGGCUGCAACACUUAUUAGUAAUAUUCUGUAA